GAUUUUCUCCACCGUCUCCUUUUCCUUCUGACUCCUUCGGAUUAUACAACUCAUCCCCAUCCCCUUUCGCCUACUUCUUCUACUAGCACGUUCACCAAUGAUACCGGGCAACAAACACAUGUCUCUGCAUUCUUAUCCAUAUUACCCUCAGCCAACGUCGCUUUCCAGCCCCGCCUUACAAAAAUUCACCAUCAAAUCUCACGCCACCAACAACAACAUCAACGCAAUCAACGACACCACAAACGACGCAACUUUGCCAAUACUGUCAACAAUGCACUGCGUACUCCUCCGGAACCUCCACUAACUUACGCAUCUCAGUCCCAUAUCCACCACCUCCCAAUCAAUUUCAUCUAA